AAGAAGAGUCGGUGGAAUUUCUCCUCAGAUUGUUAUCGCAGCAGAAUCCAGCGCGAAUGUGGAGAAACCAGUGUGAGACCAGGUGAAGGCUGUGGCGGUUCGCGGUGUUUUGUGUUAUAUUUAUGGACAUUCAGCAUUCACCGGGAUCCCAUCCGGUCCGUUUUGAUAUUUAAAGCCCUCUGUCAUUGUCGCGUGUAAUACGCGAACAGAAGGUGUUCGUGAAUGUUGCUAAAUAACGGACGGUAGAUGUUGACAGCUGCGGACUUCACCUCCAGACAUGGUGCUUUGACAGAAGUGAUGCUUCAUCGCCAGUAUGGAGUCUUUGAUAUUUUAUUUACUGCUAUUAGCUCCACUUUCUAUCCGUUGUGCGGUGAAACCAGGAUUUGUUGAAGAAGACCUGAGAAAUCAAGAAGAGGUACAAGACUUUGAUGCGCUCGGCUCCAUACUGUCAGACUAUGAUGUCCUGCCUGCAUCAGGACUCCAGCUUCACUCGGUCAGGAAGCGGGACGUUGAUGCCCAAUCCCACGUGGAGCGGCUGGUCAGCUUCACGGCACUCCAGAGGCACUUCAAGCUGUACUUGACAACCAACACAGAACUUUUCACUGACAAUUUCAAGGCUGUAUUCUUGGACGGGAAUGGAAAAGAGGACCAAUAUGACAUUCAGUUACAGAAUUACUAUAAAGGACAUGUUGUAGGAGAAGAGCACUCGCGUGUGCAAGCACACAUAGACGGGGAGGAGUUUUCAGCCCACAUUCUUACAGAAGAGACUGAAUAUAAUGUAGAGCCCUUGUGGCGGUUUACAGAAUCGCCCCCUGAUGGUCGUUUACUGGUGUACCGUUCAGAAGACAUUAAAAACAUCAGUCGACUGUCCUCACCCAAAGUGUGUGGAUAUGUGAACGCUGAUGCCCAGGAGCUCCUGCCAGAAGAAGCAAGAGCAGUGGGAGAGAAGGAACACGAGGAGGAGCCUCACAUCAUAGAGAGAAGAUCAACAUACGACCACAAGAAAAACACCUGCCCACUGCUGUUAGUGGCAGAUCAUCGCUUCUACAAGCACAUGGGCCGUGGAGAGGAGAGCACCACCCUCAACUACUUGAUUGAGCUGAUUGACAGAGUGGAUGAUAUAUACAGAAACACAUCCUGGGAUGAACAAUUUAAAGGCUACGGUGUGCAGAUUCAGCAGAUAAUCAUAAACAAGGAACCCACAAAAGUUGCCCCUGGAGAAAGUCAUUACAACAUGGAGGGCAGCCCAUUAGGAAGAAAGGACGGUGUGUGGGAUGUGAAGAAACUCCUGGAACAAUUCAGUUACGACAUUGCAGACAACGCCUCUGCAGUUUGCCUUGCCCAUCUCUUCACCUAUCAGGACUUCGAUGAUGGCACUCUGGGUCUGGCAUACGUGGCCCCUUCCAAACAGGGACUGGGAGGACUCUGCCCUAAACGUAAGGAUCUCUUUAACUGUGAUCAGUGGAAUUCCACUCUUCAAAACGUGCUUGACCUUGCACAUUCCUUUUGUCUUACAGCCUACUAUCCAUCACAAUCCGUCAAGAAACCCAGUUACCUCAACACAGGCUUGACAAGCACCAUGAAUUAUGGGAAAACUAUUUUGACUAAGGAAGCAGAUCUUGUAACAACUCAUGAACUCGGACACAACUUCGGAGCAGAACACGACCCGGACAAUAUACCCAACUGUGCGCCCAACGACGACCAGGGCGGCAAAUAUGUCAUGUACCCUAUUGCGGUCAGCGGAGAUCACGCCAACAACAAGCGCUUUUCCAGCUGUAGCAAAUUCUCUGUCAGUAAGACGUUAAGGGUCAAAGCCCAUCAGUGCUUUAAGGAGAGGAGCAGUAAGCUGUGUGGGAACUCCCGUGUGGAGGAGGGGGAAGACUGUGACCCUGGACUUCUUCAUCUCAAUGGUGACCCCUGCUGCACAGCUAAGUGCGAAUUCAGAAAUCAGGCACAAUGCAGUGACAGGAACAGCCCCUGCUGCAAGAACUGUAGGUAUGAAAGUGAACACAAGAUCUGUCAGGAGAACAUCACCGCCACCUGUAAGGGAACGUCAAUGUGCACAGGCAACAGCAGUGAAUGCCCCACCCCUGGUAAUCUGCCUGAUAAUACAGAGUGUGUGGAUAAGGGCCGAUGUCGGAGCGGCGAGUGCAAGCCUUUCUGCGAGGCCGUGCAUAAUCUUGAGUCCUGUGCCUGCAAUGAGACCGAGCACUCGUGUAAAGUGUGCUGUAGAAGUAAUGGGCUUUGCACUCCCUUUGUCAUUGGUGGUUCCCCUCUUUACCUGCGCAAGGGCAAACCCUGCACCGUCGGCUUCUGUGACGGGGCUGGUAAAUGCAUGAAGCAAGUCCAAGAUGUCAUCGAACGUUUAUGGGACUUUAUUGACAAACUGGACAUCAACACAUUUGGAAAGUUUUUGGCUGACAACAUAGUUGGAUCAGUGGUGGUUUUCUCUCUCCUCUUCUGGAUUCCCCUAAGCAUACUGGUGCACUGUGUGGACAAGAAACUGGAUCAGCAAUAUGAGGAAAACUCCAAAACCAUGAUGUACCCCAGUAGCGCAGAGAUGCUGAGCAGUCUGGAAUCGGCGCCCAUCCGCAUUGUGAAGGCCCCUCUUCCACAUUCGGCGGGAGCGCGACCUCAGCCCUCACUGGGCCCCACAGGCCCCGGCUUCUCACCGGUACAGGAGACGCUCGCCGCCCCAGGCCCUGCCAGCCUCUCCGGCGCACCCAAAGCGGAUCCGCUGCGAAUGGCCACAAUCGAGGAGGACCCCAGCGUAGACUCCUCUCACCUGGACGAGGAGGAAGGCCUCCGUCAAAGCGGCACAGCUGCCAGGUCCUUCGAGGACCUCACCGGACAGGCAAUGCCAUCCCGCGGGGACAAGAGACGGCUGACGAGACAGGCGCGCAUUGACAGUAAGGAGACGGAGUGCUGAGGACACUGGCAGAAGUCACUUGAUUGAGAUGUGAGCUGUGAGGUGCAAUCAGGCUUCAUUUUUGGUGCAUUUAAAAGUGUAUGUGAUGUGGAAACUGCUGACACAUUUCGGUUGGUUUUUAGACAUUUUGUAGCAUUCCUUUAAAGGGAUGGUACACCCAAAAACGAAAAUUCUGUCAUUAAUCACUCACCCUCAUGUUGGUCUAAACCCGUAAAAUGUUCGCUCAUCUUUGGAACACAAACGUCCGAGAGCUUUCUGACUCUGCAUCGACAGCAACACAACUGGCACGUUCAAGGCCAAGAAAGGUAGUAAGGACAUUGUUAAAAUAGUUCAUGGGACAGAGGUUCAACCAUAAUUUUAUGAAGCUAUGAAAAUACUUUUUGUGCACGAAGAAAACAAAAAUAGCUUUAUUCAACGAUUUCCUCUCUCCCGGGACAGUCUUCCACCAUUACAGAGAGUAUCACGACACGUGAGUAUUCUUGUAGCUUCAUAAAAUUAUGGUUGAACCACUGAUGUCACAAGGACUAUUUUAACAAUGUCCUUACUACAUUUCUUAACCUUGAAUGUGGAAGGACCUUUGCUGUUUAUGCAGGGUCAGAAAGCUCACAGAUUUCAUCAAAAAUAUCUUAAUUUGUGUUCUGAAGAUGAACGAAGAUCUUGCAGGUUUGGAGCGACAUGAGGGUUAGUGAAUACAGAAUUUUCAUGUUUGGGUGAACUGUCCCUUUAAAAAAAGAGUGUUACUUAAAAGCAUGUCAGAAACUGCCAUAAGAAAUGACUUUGCAUAAUUUAAAAAUGAAAGGAAAAAAUUCAGUGCAGCUGUAGACUGCAAUUUAAAGGGAUAGUUUAUCCAAAAAUGAAAACUAUGUUAUCUUUUACUCAGCCCUUUUACUCAUGCCAUUCUAAACCAAUAUAACUGACUUUGAAAGUGAGUAGGUGUCCAAUAUUCUUUUGGACAAAAAUAGUAGAAAUAUUCUUCAUAAUAUCUUCUUUUUGUGUUCCACAUGAGAAAGUAAGUAAUACAGGUUUAAAAACACUCCAAGUUGAGUAAAUGAUAACAGAAGUUUCAUUUUAUGGUGAACUAUUCCUUUAAUCAUUGUACAUUUGUCCUACAUACGUCUUUUGUAACUGUUUAGGCAUUUUGUUGUUGUUUUUAUACACUGAAGUACAAAUCAAAAUCAUUUCUUGUGGUAAUUGACAAUCACGGGUGCUGUCCUUACAUCAGGGACAGUUCACCUAAAUAUGCAAAUCCUCUUAUCAUUUACUCACUGUCAUGUUUUUCCAAAGCCAAAAAUCACAAAUUAUGACAUUUUUAAUAAAACCUAAAAUUUCUGUACAUUUAAAAUCCAUUCCACCAAAACGUUAACACUUUCGAUUUGUUCAAAAACACAUUGUAAAUCUAUAUGAAUUGAGCAGUUUAAAGUGAUAGUGCAUCCAAAAAUUGAAGUUCUGUCAUUAAUUACUCACCCUCACGUCGACCCUCAAGACUUUUGUUCUUCUUCAGAACACAAAUUAAGAUAUUUUUGAUGAAAUCUGACAGCUUUCUGACCCUGCAUAGACAGCAAUGCAACUGACAGAAAGGUAGUAAGGACAUCAUUAAAAUUGUCCAUGUGACAUCAGUGGUUCAACUGUUAUGUUAUGAAGCUAUGAGAAUACUUUUUGUGCACAAAGAAUGAAAAAUACCGACUUUAUUCAACAAUUUCUUUUUUUAACUACUUUAUGGAGGAUUUUAAUAAUGUCCUUACUAUCUUUCUGGGCCUUGAACAUGUCAGUUGCGUCGCUGUCUAUGCAGGGUCAGAAAGCUCUCAUAUUUCAUCAAAAAUAUCUUAUUUUGUGUUCUGAAUAUGAACAAAGGUCUUAUAGGUUUGGAACCUGACAGUGAGUAAUUAAUGACGAAUUUUCGUUUUGGGGUGAACUAUCCCUUUAAUUCAGGUCUUCUGAACAGAUGCAAUCAAUUUAUAUUAAAAGUAUUGUGAGUUUAGAAUGACAAGAGUGUGAGUAAAUGAUUACAGUACUUUCAUUUUUGGUAAAUUAUCCCUUUAAUUUGUAUUUAACCUAGAAUAUUCCUUUAAUACAGUCAGUAUGUGCCUUGUAACACAUCCAGUAGUGCAAAUCCAUUUUUUCUCAUUCAUUUAUACCUCAUGAGCAGCAGGACUACAGCACAACUCCGUACACGUUGUCACACUUUUAACAUUACACUGGUCGACUUCCUGAGAAGAUUCAAGCUAUGCAUGUCCUAUGCCAUAUGUUUAUGAAUUAAAUGUCAUACGUGUAACUGUAAGAGGAGAUGCAAUUGAUGAAUUUUACUUUAAACGUUCUUAAAGCUUAAAGUUAGAAACUGCACAGGAUGUUAACAUUUUUUGCUUUUUUUUUUUAACAUGUACUACUAUAGCAUCUCGUCAUUUUAAUAUAGCAUUAUGAAUAUGUGAAACACUGAUUACAGAGCCGAGGGAUGUGCAUAUUUCUUCUUUUUUUUUCUCUCUCUCUUUUUGCCACUAAAAAGAUUGUAUAGAUGUGACCAAAAUCAAUCGAUGUUUUAGAAGGACUAGUGUCUAAGUAUUCCCCCACUGUGAAAUAUCUGACUUUAACUAUUACAGUUGCAUUUUAAGAUCUUGUAAAGUUUUAAUGUGCCAUAAUCAGUCGAAUGACUAAAUAUAUAUUUUGUAUUGUUUCUUAUAUUCCUCUAUAUCAAAUCAGAAGUCAUUAAAAUAUCUCACUUGGAUGUAGAAAGCUGUGUCUGAUUAUUCUGGUAUCAUUCAAUGUGUGUGUUUUUGAUGCUUGGUUAUGUCACAUUUAUUUAACAUGUAUUCUUGGGCUUUGAAGCCACAUGAAUAAACUGCCUCCACACUUAA